AUGAAGCAGAUUCCUAAAGGUAGGAUUCACAUCCGUAAUGAAGACAGACAAAACCCCUUAAAGAGACAAAAUGCCGAGAGUACUAAUCAUACUUCUGAAGGAGGAACAAAUUCCAAGAAUACCCUGAAGAAUAAAGAAGUAACGAAAAGACUCAGAGGAACUCACGGGAAGACGAUAGGCGGAGAUAUAGGA